AUGUUUCAAGAGAACAGCAUCGAAACACGUAUAUUAUCUAGGGUGAAACAGAUCACCAGCCCAGGUUGGGUGCAUGAGACAAGUGCUCGGGCCUGGUGCACUGGGAAGACCCAGAGGGAUCGGGUGGAGAGGGAGGCCCCAAAGCAGAGGAGGAGUCCUGAGUCCUGCCUCCUGCCGGAGUGUGACCCAGUGACCAACGGCACCACAAUCAAAGGGGCCCGUGGUCCUCGCUGCCCUUACUCCUGCGAUGACCUCGUGCACCUGCUCCAAGGGCUGGCUCACCUGCACAGACCUGCCUUGCCCAGGUAUGUGCCCCGCUCAGAACAAGGGAUCCCUGAGAACCAGAGCCACUCCGUGGGGUCUGGGCUCAGCUUCUGGGAGAGCCUGGAGCCCAGAGAGGUGAUGGCGGGGCUGUGUGACAACUGCACCUGUGUGGUGGGCAUCCUGCAGUGCCAGGCAGUACCUGCCUGCCCCGGGCCGGGGGUGUGGGGCUCCUGGGAUGAAUGUAGCAUCACUAGUGGUGGACGGGAGCAGCUGCCCGGGGCCUGCCCGCCAGAGCCCCACCUGCUGCACCCAGGUCUGCAGAGGAUGUCCACAGGGGGCGUUGGGCAGAGGACCGGCCCCCGGCAGGUGGCUCCAGCCCGUGUCUCUGCACUUUCUCCCCCACCCCAGGAAUGCCCCCUGUGUGCUCACAGCCUCAUGCUGCAGGAGCUGGAAGCUGCAGAGCUCAUCUCCACCUGCAGGGCUGCCAGCACCUCUAGUCCCUCCAGCGCAGGCCAUUCACUCGGGGCCCCUGGCCUUGAAUGUUCCUGGCUCUACUCCUUUGGCUUCUCCUCACACACCUACAAGGACACCUGCUCCUUCUCCUUGUCAGCCACCACCUCCAUCUCCUACAUAAUGUCUUCCACCAGCAGCUGGAACCAGCAGCAGCACGAUCCCCGCCAAUUCUGCCCCCUCCAGGUCUGUGACUUCCACACUGCCUCCACCCUGAAUAAAGUGACCUCCUCGCCUGGUACGCCCCCUGGUGCCUGCAACAUCCCUGAUGACCACACGGUGCCGGCAGGUCGCAGGGGCCCUGACCCUGACCCCAGGAUCACAACUACAAAGGUCCACAGUCCUCCAUGGCUCCGGCCUUCUUCUGGCUGUGUCUCACUCUCCACGUGGCCCUGGCCUUGA